GGGUGAAAAUGUUGAAUACAAUUCCGCCAAUCUCUCGCCCGUAAUAAUUAAAAACGGUCGAAGGCGGGAAAUGUUGCUCCGAGUCCGGAGUCCGCGAUGAAUGCGCAUUGCGCAGUGCGCAGGACGACGCAACAUCAGCAGGUUAUUAUGUUCGUUAUGUUAUAUUCCCCGUGGCGGCAGCAGCACAGCUAACAGCUUACGUAACAUAUAGUUGUAGUGCGCGCACCAUUCGCCGCGUUGCAAUGCUCGCCGCAGUUCCGUCAGUUCCGUCGAACUCCGAAAGGUUCCGGAAGCAUCCGUCCGUCCGUCCGUUCGAUUAGUCGAUCGAUCGAAUUUUUCGCGGGUUGGCAAAGAGGGACACGGACAGAGUUCUCUGCGACUAUACACAUAUAUAUAUAUAUAUAUUUGGUUUACUCCAGUUUACUCCGCCACUGCUGAACUGUGCUGAACAGAGCUCCACGCUAGGACUGCCAGCUGAAGACUGACGACGAAAGAAGAAAGAGAGAGAGAAAGAGAGAAACUGCGCGCGCACGGAAGGGAAGGAAGGGAAAGGAAGAGAAACGGAGGCGGAGUAUAUAGCCGUAGGUCAAACGCAGUCAAAUGCAAGUUAGACGGAGACGCAGUGAACCUAGGCAAGAGGUGUAUAUCAGUGUACGUGUACUAUGCGAGGGUAGCGCGAGUAUCAACCAGCUGGUUGGCAAGGCAAGAGAAGCCAGUCGGCCAGUCGUCAGUAAGACGCAGUGAUACGCAGUGAGACGCGGCAUUUCGCGAGCGCGUGUAUGUUAUUUGUUCGUGCGCGCUCACGUAUCCUAGUGUUCCUAGUGUGGAUUUCUCCACUUGCGCGCGCGUGUGUGUGUGUGUGUGUGUGUGUGUAUGUGUGUGUGUGUGUGUAUGGCGCGUGCCUGCCUACCGCUUACUACUCUCUUUUUCCUCCUUUUUCCUGGUUCCGUUGUCGUCACUGCAUAUACAUAACAUAUAUUCAUUCAUUCGUUCGUUCGUUGAUUCGUUCGUCUGGAAGUGUGCAACGUUGUGCCUAUCUGAUCUACUCGCGCCUGGCACCUCGUUCUGGGACACUCUUGCCCCCAUAAAGCGAACAUCGUCUGCUCUACUAGCUCCAGCCGCAGCGCAUCGCUCCACAUCGCUCGACUACCAAUCGUUCGUCUCGUUCGCGCGCGAUCCUUCGUAUUAUUUUUUUCUCUUUCUCUUUCCUCGCCUUUCUAGCGAAUUACCGAAUUCCCCUUCUCCAAUUAAGAGGAGGCAAGAAGAGUGAGUGUGUGCGUCCCGUGUAUGGUUUACACGGUGUAUUCCGUACAUCACAUUCCGCUUCGAUUGUGUGUACCGUUGGUGGUUGGUGGCUGGUGUGCGCCGUUUAUUUCGUAACGUAAUCUCUCCGUGGCCGUGCGUGUAAACUCGCGCGCGCGCGAGUACAGGUGUGAGUGUGUGUGCGUGUGUGGGUCUGAGCUGGGGGGGGGGGAUUACGUGCGUGCAACGAGCGAACCAAGAUGGCCGCUGAUUCAGGAAUGGAGACGUGUCCCUCCCCGGAGAUUGCGGACUCCAGAAAGCGGCCGCUCGACUGCGAUGCAGAGAACGGUGCGACCAAGAGAUCACACUACGGAUCAGGUGGAGAUGGAACGUAUCAUCUCAAAGUGUUGGUUCCCGGUGUGGCAGCCGGGGCCAUUAUCGGGAAAGGUGGAGAUACAAUUGCUCAACUUCAAAAGGAUACAGGGGCAAGAGUGAAGAUGUCUAAAUCGCACGAUUUUUAUCCAGGAACUACUGAGAGAGUAUGUCUUAUCACAGGCACCGUAGAUGCUAUUAUGGAGGUCAUGGAAUUCAUCAUGGAUAAAAUACGCGAAAAGCCUGAUCUUACUUCGAAAACUACGGUUGACUUCGACUCUGGAAAAGCCACCGCAGAGAGGGACAAGCAGGUUAAAAUUUUAGUGCCUAAUAGCACUGCAGGGAUGAUAAUAGGAAAAGCUGGGAAUUACAUUAAACAAAUUAAAGAAGAAUCUGGCUCGUACGUUCAAAUCAGUCAGAAAGCUAAAGACUUAUCCCUUCAAGAACGAUGUAUAACGGUGAUUGGUGAGAAAGAAAAUAAUCACAGAGCGUUACACAUGAUCUUAGCGAAAGUGGCGGACGAUCCGCAAAGCGGUACCUGCCUUAACGUCAGUUACGCGGACGUAAGUGGUCCUGUUGCCAAUUACAAUCCUACAGGCAGCCCGUAUGCUCAAGCUCCCACAAGCACUCCCACGUAUACAUCUACAGCUGGUCUAAAUACAGUGAGUCUCUUAAAUGGCGCUGGUUUGAGUCUUAAUCUAAAUCUGGGCGCGGCUAUCACCGCUGGCACGGCGCCGGUGACGACGCAGCUGUUGGAACAUAUAAAAUUGAAUCUACGUACGACAGGUUUUUCCGAGCCUGCUGCAACGGAGAUACUUGCUGCGAUCGCGACCCUCGCUAAGUACAAUAUCCUCGGGAUGGGGAUCGGGGUGCCGUCGAGUAUGAGCUAUUUGGGUAAUCCGAUGGACAGUACAACAACUGCUAACGGCUCGAACAACAACGGCGGUGUAUUCGGACCGAUCGGGACCGUUCCUGCGCUCGGAUCUACCUCGCCGACUCCGCGCAACACCCUCGAUCGGUACGAGCCGUUUGAUCCAUUCCGACAGAACAACACCGCCGCCAGUGCGAUACACCUGAACAACAAUUCAUUCGGCCUGGGCACUAACCAGUUAUCACUUGUAAGUAAGAGUCCUACACAGGUAGACGCCAACAACAAGGAGACCAAGAAAGUAGACAUAGAAAUUGCAGAGGUUAUAGUGGGAGCUAUUCUGGGACCCGGUGGUCGUGCCCUCAUUGAGAUUCAGCACUUAAGUGGCGCCAACAUACAAAUCUCUAAGAAGGGCAUGUUCGCCCCUGGUACCAGGAACCGCAUAGUGACUAUCACGGGUUAUCCCAAUGCAAUCAACACUGCUCAGUACUUGAUCGAGCAGAGGAUCAGUGAAGAGGAGGCAAAACGAGCGCGUCAGAAUGCCAUCGCCAGUAUGAUCCAUUGAUUUCAAGUAUAGCACUCCUCUUGUUCAUCGCCAUUAUUGAGCUCCGUUGUUCACCUCUUCAUAUCUUGAGAAAGGAGAACACGCCCGGCCACGACGGUUUUCUUCUUUCUUCUACUUUUGACACACCCACACACACCCACACACACACACACACACACACACACACACACACACACACACAUUUCGUCCAUCGCCAAUUUACCGCCCACUGUCAUCUAUCGCGCUGCGUUGUCACUAUAGCGCUUGCAUUGUCACAUUAUUUACGUUUAUACAUCCA